AUGUCCGCCGACAAGAGCCAGAACCCCAUGCGCGAGCUGCACCUCCGCAAGCUGACUUUGAACAUCUCUGUUGGCGAGUCUGGUGACAGACUGACCCGUGCCGCGAAGGUCUUGGAGCAGCUUUCCGGUCAGACCCCCGUCUACAGCAAGGCUCGUUACACCGUCCGUACCUUCGGUAUCCGCCGUAACGAGAAGAUCUCCGUCCACGUCACCGUCCGUGGCCCCAAGGCUGAGGAGAUUCUCGAGCGUGGCCUCAAGGUCAAGGAGUACGAGCUCCGCAAGCGCAACUUCUCCGAGACUGGCAACUUCGGUUUCGGUAUCAGCGAGCACAUCGACCUUGGUAUCAAGUACGACCCCUCCAUCGGUAUCUACGGCAUGGACUUCUACGUCUGCAUGACCCGCAAGGGUGAGCGCGUCGCUACCCGUCACCGCGCCAAGAGCCGCGUCGGCACCAACCACAAGAUCAAGCGCGAGGAGACCGUCAAGUGGUUCAAGCAGCGCUUCGACGGCAUUGUCCGAUAA